GUUCUUUUUACUCUUCGCUGAUCCCCACUACUGCCCAGCUUUUUGAUGCUUCUGAAAAAUUUCUAAGUUUUCAUUCGAAGUCAUGGUUCCUAACCGAAAAAUUCAGCAAGGAAACCUGGAGAACCCACAAUAUUUUGCCAAAUUCCAAGCCGUUUCAUUACGUCCGAGUUGGAGUAUUCUCACAUGACUUUCGGAUAGCAGAGUGCUUAUAACGCAGCCUAGUUGAGCUAUACAGUUUUCCAGGCUUCCCCCCCAGCUUCCCCCUCCUCACUCCACUCAAAAUGUUAAUGAUCCGUUCUUCAUCUACAAGCGCCUUUUCAGGCGCGUCCGCUCUUUCUAGACGUUCAUUCUCAAGGACUCCGAGCCAGUCCCUCGCAGCGCUCGUCAACGGAUUCAAGCCCCUCGAUGAACCUUUGCACCUUAGCGUUGACGACGGCUAUGGCUUUGCUCGGAUAAAAUCUGGUGAUAAUCUCGGUCAACAUGACAGGUUCUCCGUCAUCCGUCGAUUAGGAUGGGGGAUGUAUUCCAGUACGUGGUUGGCAAAAGACCAUCAGGAUAAGAAACACGUAGCUGUCAAGGUCCUCACAGGCUUUGCAACUCGACUCGCUCACGAAGGACUCACUCCUGAGCUUGAUGUCCUCCGAAAACUUUCCUCUAGUCCACAUGGAGCAGAACCCAAGGAAGGCCACUGCCUCUCUCUUCAUUCCAACUUUCUUCAUCCCGGCCGAGCAGACACAGGUCCUCAUCUAUGUCUCGUUACAGAUGUGUUUGGUGGUGAUGUAGAGCAUCUCAAACGAAUCUACGCCCGUAACGGUUUCCCUCUCAGUCUCGCCAAACGUAUAUUGUUCCAUACGUUGAAGGGACUCACGACGAUGCAUCAGCAGGGAAUCGUUCACACCGAUCUCAAGCACGAUAACAUUCUGUUCGACGGGGGAAACACAGACCUAGGUUCUGCAGAUCCUCUUCCAAUCCCGUCCAUCAACGAGGCUUUAGACCGGACCUUCGUGAUUGCAGACUUUGGAAAUGGUGAGUAUCGUAGAUCCGUAUUUAUUCAGGCUAUCAAACCAUCACACUUCUCAUUGAUUACCGUUCUAGCCCAAUUCGUUGGCAAACCCACGUUUGACGAAAUCACGGCCGAGGCCCUUCGAGCACCGGAAACGUUGCUCCGCGGCCCAUGGGACGAGAAAGUCGAUAUCUGGACUUUUGGUUGUUUGGCAUUUGAAUUCCUCUGCGGCCGUCAAUUGUUCAAGAAGCGCUCUUAUUCCGAGCACCUCCUUGACACCGUAGGUGGACAUCUUUGGCGCAUGCAAUGUUUCACCGAUGAGAAAUUUGAUGUUGAACAAUUGAAGAAUAGCGAGUUGGGCUACACGUAUUUUGAUGCUUCCUGCCAACUCAGAUCCCGCCCUCCCCUACUCUCCCACACUGUUUCCAAAAUCCUUGCAAGUUUCAACAUUCUAGACACCGAACAACUCGGCACCACCGCCUCCUUCCUUCACCGCUGUCUCCGACUCGACCCCCAUAACCGGGCCUCAGCCGAGGAGCUGCUCGACGACCCGUUUUGGGUAGGUGUACACGAUGGUGUCAGUGCGGAGAAAGCAUAGAACUUGAAAAUUAUUUAAAGAUUAGAAAAAGGUAUGUAUAUGGUAUAUCUUGGUAAAUGGUGGCUUCUCUAUGGUACCAUCAUAUUUCGUAUUCGGGUCCAUUUCGGCGUGCACAUCUUCUACGGUUUUAUUUUCACUUGGGCUUGGGGUCUCCGCGUGGGUGAUUGAACCCACAUACAUACUAUUAGACUAUUCAUGCUACGAUAUAUCUUGGUUCCUGUUCUAUUCUUGCGACACACAGACAAUCGGUAUACCGAUCGUGUAACCUUAUCUUAGGGCAGUUUGUGGGUUACUUUAGCUGUAUUUUUCCCUAGAUUUAUCAUUUAGAGUAGCAAAAGGAAAGUCCAAAAUUAUUCUGUUUUCGGACUCGGAAAUCAGUGAAAUAGUGAGCGACAACAAGGGCC